AUGCUUUCCAAAACAUUCUUCAUGACCCUUCUUGCCCUUGGCGUUUCCGCCGCACCUCUUGAUGCUGAAGUGCAAAAGGACAAUCUCGACAAACGCUGCGAUUGGAACGACCUGCACGGCCAGAUUUCCUGCGGUUACUUCAGUGUCAUCAUGUCGUUUGAUGACAUUAAAGUUCGGGGCGAUGGAUGGUCCGAGAAGUUUAAAAUCGACUGCAGCAGAGAGUGGUCAUCUCUCAGCAUCCCCCGGCUGCCUUGGACUAUUGAAUUUCACCCGGGCAAUGCCUGCGACGGAACGAACUAUGAUAACAUGUGGAUCAAGUACGCCGAUACCACUUUGGAUAUCCCGAGCGACACGCGCUGUGGAGCUGUCGGUAAAAACAACGUCCUUCGCAGGUGCAUCAUCGCCGAUAAGAAAUGA